AUGUCUACAGAUCUCAACGUCGACAUCCACAACGCAUCCACCACAGCCGACGCCGAUGUCAGCGCGGCACUCGCACAACCACCCGCCACCUCGCCCGCCGACGCUCGCACCCAGGCCAUGUCCUUGCUCGAACUGCAAAAGCAGCUCGACGCCGACAUUGCGCGUCACACGGCGGUCCUCACUUCGAAUGGCGUCAACAUGCAGACUCCGUUGAUCGAUGCACAAGGCUUCCCGCUGGCGGACAAGGAUCUGAUGGCGAUUCGCACGGCCAAGCAGCGCAUCAACGUGCUGCGUAACGACUCCAAGGCAUUAAGGGAUCGGGUGGCGCAGCUGCUGCAAUUGGCAAUCAACGGCGAUGCGGUAGCACAGCCGCCUUCAGCAGCGAGAGGAGUGGGAGCAGCAAAGAAUGAUGAGCUCACGCCGUUCGCAAAAGUCAACUCGGUAGCAGAGGGCAGCCCGGCACAGACAGCGGGUUUGAUCCAGGGCGAUCACAUUGUCAGAUUUGGCUCAGUGACGGCGGACGAUCCGAAAGGGUUGGCGGCGCUCGCAGCACCAGGUGUGGUCGUUGACGGCACAGGAAUUCAGAUCGUAGUAGCAAGGCAUGGUGAAAGCGUCCGUCUGACGCUCACACCGAGAGCAGGCUGGGGCGGAAGGGGACUGCUCGGCUGUCACCUGUUGCCGUUGUAA